AUGUUAGUUGCAUAUGCCUUUUCACUUUUGUCAGCAACGACGCAGCAACUCCGAAAAAUCUGGGCAGAUAAAGGGCUCCCGCGGGAGCUGAAGGCGGAACUAUACACCUCGUUGUGCAGCUCGGUAGCGCUGUACAAUAGUGAGUGUUGGGUCCCGCACGAGCACGACCUCAAGGUCUUGCGUAACUUCCAGAUGCAGACACUGAAAACAGUGACGGGGGAGCGAAGGGAGUGGCAGCGGCAGCAGGAAAGGCAGGAGGAGCAGAACGCAGAGGGGGGGCCGGUAGACGAGGAAGCAGAAUACACCAGCCGCAUCGAGUUAUGCAAAAGAGCAGGCAUACUCGAUAUAGAGACGAUGCUACAGGAGAAGCGGGUAGCAUGGGUUGCCCAUGCAUUCCGCGACACAACAGAAGCCUCAGGGUGGUGGAUAGCAAACGAAAUAAAGGCGAAAACACCAUGGGGCAGGCUGGUGGAGCAAGACCUGCAGCACUUUGGCUUCGAUGCCGCACAGAUGGCGCAGCAGCCGCCAGACGCAGCGGCAGUGAAGGAAGCAAUGCGGCAAAAAAGAAAAGUGGACACGAGCAGAAGAAACAGGCCCAAGCAAACAAGGACAGCAACCGAGAAGACCGAGAAAAUGCGCGAGGAGCAGCGCAAGAGAAUACAGCAACAGCAAGAAGCGGAAAGGGGGCGAGCGGAACUAAUUCAAACGAUCAGCGGCAAGAGCUGGGUGCGUUUACCCGGCCAAAGACGGGAGGUUUGGCGUCUAGAAGAAAGCGACCAGGUGGUGUUUGAAGCAGACAACACGGAUUUUUGCGAAAACACAGGAAGAGAAAUAGUGUAUGUCUGCGGGGUCUCCUUCUACAAAGGCCAAGAUAACACUUGGCACGCAGAGUGAGUGACUCUCCUGUCACUCCGCACACAGCAGUACUGGGUGCCCGUCCACUCAUUAGAAUGAGAAAAGAUAAUGUUUAUCCCGGACACGCACAAAUAUGAUGAUGAUGAUU